AGCAUCAUCAAAGCAACUAGGAAAGUGUUCCCUGAAAUAACACAUGGCUACUGCAUCUUCCACCUCUUGUCGAACCUCAAAACAAAAUUCAAGAAAAAUGCAAAGCAUUUCAGAGUGCCAUUCUUUGCAGCUGCAAAAGCUUACACAGAAAUGGAGUUUGAAUUCCAUAUGAGGGAGCUAGACAACUUGGAUAAGCGCAUAAGACCGUACCUGGAGAAAAUUGGCCAUGAAAAAUGGUCAAGGUAUCAUUCAGAAAACAACAGGUACUCUACCAUGACAUCAAACAUAGCUGAGGCACUGAACUCAGCAAAUUUAGCAGCAAGGGAAACACCAGUGACAACAUUAAUGGAGUGCUUGAGGGCACAAAUGCAAGAGUGGACAUACAAUAAUAGAAAGGAGGCACAAAAAUGCACAACAAGGCUGACACCAUCAUCUGAGAAAAAACUCAUAGGGAACUAUGUACAGUCAUUGCGACUAACAGUGAAACCAGCAAACCAGAACCUGUUUGAGGUGAUAGAUGAAGACAGAACAAGAAUAGUAAACUUGAAGGAGAAGACGUGCACAUGCAAUAGAUUUCAAAAAGAUGAAAUGCCAUGUAACCAUGCAGUCGCCGUCAUGAAGGACUUGAACAUAAACACAUACAACUACUGUGCACAAUACUACACAUCAAAAGCAUGGCUGCAAACAUAUGAAGAAACAGUAUACCCAGUUGGAAACGUAAGAGAAUGGGAACUUCCAGAUUUUUUUGAAGAAAUCAUAGUGUUGCCUCCAAAGGAGAGAAUCAAGUCUGGAAGGCCGAGGAAAAGAAGAAUGGCAGCAGCUUGGGAAACAAAGAAACAAAACAAGUGUGGCAAGUGUGGACAAAAGGGACAUAACAAAAAGACCUGCAGAAGAAUUACAGCAUAGAAGUGGAAACAACUACACAUCAGCCAAAAAACAACUAUAUUAAAACAUUUAGAAAACACAUACUGCAUAUUACGAUUGGUUGUUACAUACAUUUUUUUAUUGUGAUUUUUUAUGUGGAGAGAUAUUGAUAAUAGGGAAUUGGUAUUAUUAUCAUUAAUAUACAAAAGAACAUCAAAUAUUAUAGUUAAAUAAUUAAAUGAGUGGAAGAAGGUUGAAAUUAAUAAGAAGGAAAAAUA